AUGGCAUGGUCAGCUCUAGAGGCCUCACGACUCCUCUUGUUUCUUGACACCACACUCCUCGGAGAGAAAAAUGUGCAAAGCCCCUUAAGGUUUUCGAGCUGCCGAGGCGUAGCGUUUGAGAUCAAACGGCCUAUGCAUGCUGAUCCCUUUGCCACCAAAAUGCCCACCGGAGAUGAAUCCCCCAGCAAAAGUAGUAUAGUUUGGCUCGGUUCUUCUAGAAAUUUCCCUUUUUCCAUUCAAAGGUCUAUGAGCAAAACCAGCAGCCACUUUUGUGAUCUUGAUCUUGAUGAAGGCCAAGAAGAUAACGAUGAGGAGAAACAGAAGCAGAAGCAAAGCCCACUUCCACAUCUGGCUGCUCAAAAGAAAGAUUCGAGGCUGUCAGUCAUACUUCUCGAUCAAGGGCUGUUGACAGUGUACAAGCGACUCUUUGCAGUUUGCUUGAUUCUGAACAUUACUGGCUUGCUUCUUGCAGCCACAGGGCAUUUCCCAUACGCAAGGAGCAGGGCUGCGCUCUUCUCCAUCGCAAAUAUACUCGGUUUGACACUCUGCCGGAGCGAGGCUUCCUUGCGAGUUGUCUUCUGGCUGGCGGUGAAAAUCUUGGGGAGGUCAUGGAUCCCUUUGUCUCUCAAGACUGCCACGACAUCUCUUCUCCAAAGUGUUGGGGGGAUACAUAGUGGCUGUGGUGUUUCUUCGAUUGCAUGGCUAAUAUAUGCCUUAGUCGUCACUCUCAAAGACAGGGAAAACACUUCCCCUGAGAUCAUAGCUUUAGCCUCUAGCAUUCUUGGUCUUCUGUGCCUAUCUUCUUUAGUCUGGGCUUUUAUUAUACUAACAAUCUCAUACGAUCCAGAAACCAAAUCCUACAAGAAUGACGUUGGCUCCAGGCUGAUCAUACAGCAAGAGUUCUGGUUCACUGUAGCCAUCACUAUGCUAAUCAUUUUGCCAUGGUUGACUGUGAGGCGUGUAGCCGUUAAAGCCUCUGCCCCUUCAGGACACGCGUCAAUCAUCAAGUUUGACGGCGGAGUGGAAGCUGGAAUAUUGGGAAGGAUCAGCCCAUCCCCUUUAUCCGAAUGGCACGCCUUCGGCAUAAUUUCUGAUGGAAAGGAUCAGCACAUGAUGCUAGCCGGCGCUGUCGGUGACUUCACCAAGUCCUUGGUCUCUAACCCUCCAAGCCACUUGUGGGUUCGCCGACCGCACUUUAACGGCCUGCCUUACCUUGUUCAAAUGUAUGACAGGGUUUUGUUGGUGGCAACUGGAUCAGGAAUUUGCGUGUUUCUGUCUUUCCUCUUGCAGCGAUGUUCAGAAAUCAAAGAAAUGUUAAGUGGGUGGCCUGAAGAGAAGGUGAUUGUCCACGACACCGCCGUGCUUGGGCGUCCCAAUGUGUCUCAGUUGAGCAUUGAUGCUGCUAGAAAUUGGAGAGCUGAAGUAGUCAUUGUUACCAGUAAUCCGGAGGGAAGUCGGGACGUUGUCAAUGCCUGCAAAGCUGCAGGAAUUCCAGCCUUUGGCCCCAUAUGGGACUCGUAA